UUUAUUUUAUUUUUAAGGAAGUGUGUGUGAGAGAGAGAGAGAGAGAGAGAGAGAUGGCGGAGCAGCAGAGUGUUCUGUUCAUGGAGCUGGUGGAGGUGGACGUGUCCUUCCUCAAGUCCAAGCGAGGUUUACUGAAAAUCUCAGAGCUGGUGGUUCUGUUUAUGGCCGCUGUGUGUUUCAUGGUGGCUCAGCAACCGGCCUACAUCUCAACCACAUCUAUGGAGUUUUUCAUCACGCUCGCUCUGCUCAUCCUCUACCUGCUGAAGCUCCACAAAUCACUCAGCUUCUUCUUCUGGCCUCUGAUAGAUGCCUUUAACUCCUUCUUCGCUGCGCUCUUCUUGACUGUUAUCAGUCUGAUAGCUGUGUCCACUUUCACUACCAAGUGCACUUUAGUGGGAGGAAUCAUGGGUUUGGUUGCAGUAGUGUUGUGGUGUGUUGAUGGAUAUUACGUCUUCACGAGGAUCACCUUCAACAGGAGGACAGGUUCAGCUCCUCAUUAACACUGUUACAGAAACACCACACGUCUGUUUAACACACGUACACACGUGUAUAAUGUCUACACAUUCUAUUCAUGUAGAAUACACAGAUCAUGAUGUGUGUGUGUAUUGUGGAGUGUUUAAAACUACUUGGCUUUUUCUUGACCUGUAUACUGUUUCAAAGUAAUAUAAUAAAAUAUUAUUAUAACACAAUAUAGAAUAGAAUAGAAUAUAUUGCACAUUAAUUUUAACAUUAAGAGUGUUCAGUUCUACUUCACUGAGCUUUAUAUGAGAAUUUUGUACCUCACUACUGUACACACUCUCAAUAAAAACAUU